AGCUUUCGAGAAUUAUGUUUACUAUGUUUUUUUUUAUUUGUUUGUGUAGUUCUAUUUUCCGCUGCAGUUUACUUUGCCGAAGUUGAUGCUAGCGAAGAACAAUUUCCAAGUAUUAUUGAUGCAUUUUGGUGGGCAGUAGUCACAAUGACUACAGUAGGAUAUGGUGAUAUGAGACCUGUAACAAUGUGGGGAAAGAUUGUUGGUUCAAUGUGUGCAAUUGCUGGUGUUCUAACGAUAGCACUUCCUGUACCUGUCAUUGUAUCAAACUUCAAUUAUUUUUAUCAUAGAGAGUCAGAAAGUGAAGAACUUACUACUUAUGUUCAUGUUUCAGAUGAUCAAAAAGGUUUGAACUAUCCUGAUGAUAAAACUUCAGGUCAUUUUAAUGAAGAAAUAUUUGAAGAUAGAAAUCAAGAAAAACUUAAAAAAAGAAAAACAGAAAUAAUUUUACGACAAUCUUUUUCAAAACAAUCUGGUCGUGAAAGAAUCUCUUCUGUAUUAAGUAAUACUGCAAAAAAUAUCGAAGUAGAACUUAAAGAAGAAUCCAGUUGUAUGGGAUCAUUAGGUGAAUUAGGCAGUUUAUGUAUGGAAGCAAGAAAUUCUCAGGUGAAUACAAGUCAAGCCUCUUUAUCAUAUAGACAUCAUCAUCAAGCAUUUCAAGAGGUUAUGCAACAGCAUGAUAUGCAAACACAACGGUUUAAAGAUCUUUAUCCUCAACAAUCCAUAGCAUCUAAUAAUAAACGAAUUUCACUUUUAACACAUUCAACAGGUUUUCCAGAAGAAUCGUGUUUGGAAAAAAUCUGAUUCAUCAAUACUUAUUAUGUAUAUUCAUCUACUUAUCAUAUCUCCUAUUAUUCAGAUUUACUACAUUUGGGAAUUUAUAAAUAUUGGACAUAUAAUCUCUCAGACAAUCAUAAUUUAUACAAGCCUUCAAAAUA